AUGGACGAACUACCCGCCACCCCUCCGAGUAGAAAGGAAUUCUUCAGCUACUAUCAUGGGCUUCCAGACAGUCCCAAUCUCGUUGCCCGAUCCGCCACGACUCCCUGGAACGGUCCGGUAAAUGACUGGGACGACUGUGGCAGAAUAUUUGACCCUGUCGAAAAGCACGCUGUUGUUCCACUAUGGAAUGACUCUACAGGCCCAGUGCGUCGAAAGAUUCUCGAAGCUGUACAGGAUAUUGACUGGAACGCUAUCGACAUCCUCCGUUUUGGUUCCGCUGAUUUCAAGGAUCGUCACCUUGUCCGACCAGUCAUCCUUGUCGUAUCAGUAGAGCCCGACUCGACAACAUGGCUGGACGGAAGAGCCGUGGCCCUCAAGUGCCGCGACAUUCUACGAGAGCACGGUAUCAACGAUGUUGAAGUCGAGAUCAAGGAGUCCAAAAUCACACAGUGCUGCUCCAGUGAUCAGGAUCAAACAGAAAGUGAACCGCCGACAGCAAAACUCAUUCCGCACAUUCCGACUCUCCAAGAAGAGGGGUUCAGAAGGGACAGUAUUCAGGUCUCUGAGUUCCUGGGUACUAAAAUCGCCCCCUCUAGAAAUCCAACACGUGAAGGCACCAAAGGUCUUUACCUUAGAAUACGGAAUACCGAAACCGUGGUUGCUUUAACCUGCCGACAUGUCGUCGUAGGAUCAAAGGAAGAGAACAUCGACUUUUGUCACGACGUUAAUAACAGUCGAGGUAUUAUCCAGCCUGGGAACACGACAUACAAAGACAGGACGGAGUUCCUCCGAAACCAAGUCAGUUCUACCCAGUCCGCGAUCGAGCUUUGUGAGUCCUUUACGCCAGUACCCCACGUAAAAAUCAAAGACCUACGUAGCGACAAAGUCGAAGAAGAGAGUAGCCCCCGGCGAAUUGAGCCUUUCGAAUCGAUGGAAUCCCGAACUGUUGGCCACGUCCUCUUCUCACCAAAGUUCGGGUUGAGCAGUUCUUCGCCGGUCCGCUUCCGCGACUGGGCUUUGAUAGAGCUGGAUCAGAAGAAGCACCAAACGCCGGUGAAGAAUUUGGGAAACACGGUACCCGAGACUCUUUCUCCAGUCUUUAGGAUGCGCCAGUUUAUGCUUUGGGAGUAUGUUAAUCCGGGACGAAAGCGGACAAUUUGCAUGGUUCCUGGGGCUCAUAUAUACACUCAGACUGGUGUCAUGUCGGAAGCUGAAAUGAGAUGCCCCGACUUUGACUUCGCAGUGCCAGGAAAAACUGUUGUUGAUGAGGAUUUCAUGCGAGUAUGCAUGUAUGGUAGCGCUAGCGGAGUAAGCCACGGUGUCACCAAUACAGCUAGGUCUGUCGUCCGACGAAUUGUUGAAGGCGUUCCGAUGGUUUCUGAAGAAUGGUGCAUCCUGGGCUCUAUUGAGUGUGAAAAGAGAAAGCCUUUCUCUAAGCAGGGAGAUUCGGGGGCCAGUGUCAUGGGAGAUGAUGGUCGUGUCGCAGCAAUUCUGACGUCUGGUGCCCAGGGAGGUACCCGAGGAAUCCAUCAUAUCUCGUAUGCGACGCCCAUUGAGUGGCUAUUGGAGGAUAUUAGAGGACACGGAUAUGACGUGGAGUGGAUGGGCAAAGAAAUCCCUCUGGAUUAUCUCCAUAACCGUCUCUAA